UUGGUUUGCUUGUGGUUCUGGUUUGUUAUUAAAUCCAGUAUUAAUUCAUUUACUUGUUAAAACAUCACGCUUUUGCUUUUUCAAAUGACUAUGUUGGUUCUUUCAUGUUCAUUGAAAAGAUAAAUUGACUUUCUUUAAAUCCUCUAAUAACAUUGAGAGUACCUUAAUUUGUUAUUAACCUUAAACAACACAAUGCCGACCACUGUUGAUGGAAAAUAUUUGUAAUGAUGGAUCCUCCCGAAGAGUCAACCUUAUCGCGGAAUCGCGGUAAACAUGACUGUGAAAGUGAGGUACCAACGAAUUGUAAGGGCUCUUCAAAACAACCAGGGCAAGGUGACUGUGAGGAAAAUGUGUUUACAUCAAUGUCACAUGAAACGGAUCUCCGUACGUGCCCUCUGAAUGGUCCACGAGCAAGAAGUUUGAAUUCUUUGACCAAUAUUGAAUUAGGCCAAUCAUCAAUUCGCCUCCCAGAAAAUAAUGUAAGACCAGAAAGCAGUAAUGCCCCACAGACUUCCAAGAAUGCAAACAAAUCUAGUAUUCAUCAGUUCGAUCUUGUUAGUGCGUCAAAAUCAGAUACAAAUAGAUGUGACAAUGGCCUAGGAUCCAAUCAGGAGAAACAGACAUGUCAAAAACACAAAGUAUGCCUAGAGUCUGUUGGUAACUAUAGUUUAAAUGCCCCUUCAACUAGUGGGGCCUCCACAAGCAAAGCAAGUGAAAGUUUGCUGGAUAACACUGGUUUUAGGGAGAGCAGGAAAAGACCAUCAAGUUUGAAGUUAAAUAAACUAAAUCUUGACGCUGAUGAAGAUAGUUCUAGUGACACAGGGAAUGAUGAUUAUUCAUUAGGUUCGGAAGAUGGAUGCAUUUACACAUACAGGGGUGGAGAGCACUUGGCAGACCUACCAAGUUCUUUCUUUAGCUUGGAUAUGGGCUUGCCUUUGGACAAGCAUCUUCCACUGCCUCCAAACUAUCAAGUAGCUCAACCAGCUGGACCCAAUGCCAGGGAACAGGGUUCCAGAGUUUCUAGUCCUGAUAUGGACUUUCUUGAAAUGGACUUUGAUCCUGGGCCCUCUUGUGAAGUUGAUACAGGUGAUGAGUCAACUCCUGAUGCUGAUCUGGAUGUGGGAAAUAUGCCUGAGGAGAAUGAGCCAAUUAUUGCUAGAGGAACAUCUCCUGAAUAUUUGCCUAGUGCUGUGCAGCCACAGCCAAUAGCUAUUGCAUCUAGUUCUCAAGAAAAUGUUGAACCACAAGCAUGCUGUUCAAAUGAACCAUCUACAAGCAAAACCAUAGAGCCAGCACAAGAGCCCGAUAAUGCAAGAGGCAUCCAAACAUUUGGACCAUACAUCACGCAUGUUAAUGUUAGAGGUGAACAGCUUCUUGUUCGAAGAACAAUGUCAAAUUGGCCGGGCAAUCAUAUUGUUUCCAUGCAUGCUUCUAGUGGCGAUUUAGUUUCACCAAGGGAAAUCUUAAAUUAUGAUGAGGAACAUGCUGAGCAACCCUUUGCAUAUCAGAUUAACCAAGGGGAACGGCCAGCGCAUAGCUCUGUAAACCUGUCCUCAGCCUUAUACCAUGUUACUAUGGCCAAGAAACUGAUGGUUGAGAAAGCCACCUCUGAUAUAGAAAGCCACGAUGCAGAACGUAUGGCGCAAUCAAAUGAACCAUUGGAAACAUCAAGCGAAAGCAAUGUAGCAUGUGUGGAGCCACCGCGGUGCAUGGUGUGGUCGGAACGUGAGGCAUGUGAGCGACAAGUGACGCAGAUCGGCACUUCGGCUUGCGGGGCUACGGCCGUCGUUAACACAUUCAUAGCAUUGGGGGUUCCUGUGGACAUAGAGAGAAUUAAUACUGCAGUUGGAACACGAUUGCGAGCCAACUAUGCACCUUUGCCAAGGUACUUAUUGACUCGAGCGGUGGCUGGGUGCACUGCGGCGGAUAUUGUGACAGGUAUACAGAGAGCGUCUGACGGGCUCGUCACUGCGAGAUUCUUCCCUACUCACCCGGAGAGAGCUAUCUCGCUAUCACAUUGGCUUGCUGAUUGGAUAUCUCUUGGCGCAGUACCAAUUCUAACCCUCAACCUGCAAGUGGGUUGCGAAGGUGAAAUUCCCGAUGCGUGGCACCAUCAGAUGGUCUUCGGUGUGUCAUCCAGGGGUAUCUACUUGACCAAUCCCGUUGAGUGCAUCCAAGAGUCAACGCUGUGGCCGCAACUGACAUCACCGUCUGAGUUACUGGUGAGGACGAGGGACGUUCUGACCAGGUUUACUGACCUAACACCCCUGAUGUUUGUACCUGAUGAACGAUUUCACACUUUCAACGUUCUCGGUCAAGUAGUGAACGUGAUACGCGAGUUCCGCGCCGCCGGCUGGUCCGAGCACGGCACGAGGCCUCGCCACAUCCGCAUCCCGGCCUCGUAUCAGGCGGGCGUGACCGUCGCCGCGCUUACGGGCUCCGAGGCCCACCGCAGACUGAUGCACGCUCCGCAGUUGCCAGUACUUUCGCCCGAGACGAGGCCCGCUUGAGGCCGGCUGCUUGUGCUACGGGUUCAUAUGGUGAGCCGUAAAGCGACAAGCAAUGAAAAAAAGAUGGAUGAAACCUAACUACAGUAUAACAAUGUCAGUGCAAGCGGUAAAAACCAAUAUCAAAGAAACCUUUCCACGGAUAUUUAAUUUCAGCUAGCCUCGGUAUCUAGCAGGGCUGCCAUUACAUAGCACUACUAAAGUCUAUUUUCUCACUUCUCUUACUAUGUAAACUAUCUUUUUUUAAAUUUUAGUGUAAAAAGUAUGUUUUCAAAAUAGAUAAAAACAAGAAUA